AUGACCUUUUCUCAAGGAGGCUUCCAGCCCGACCCCAGAUUCCCCGCCCCUCACCCCAAGCGUAUAGUCGUCUGCUGCGACGGCACCUGGCAGUCCUCGGUCAGCGGCAUCAAGUCGGUGCCCUCCAACAUAACCCGUAUCGCCCGGUCCAUUGCCCGCACGGGGCUCGACACCGACCAUGCGCAGAACAACAAGGUGUGGGACCAGGUCGUGUACUACGACGCCGGCCUGGGCACGGGCGUCUUCAGCAUCGCCGAGAAGAUCAAGCAGGGCGACCUCGGCAUGGGCUUUGUCGGCAACGUCAUCGAGGCCUACAACUUCAUCGCCCUCAACUACUCCCCCGGCGACCAGAUCUUCUGCUUCGGCUUCAGCCGCGGCGCCUACACGGCCCGCGCGGUCGCGGGGCUCGUCACCGACAUUGGCGUCCUAAGCCCCCGCGACAUGCAGGACUUCCCGGAGCUCUUUGCGCUGUACCAGGCCAACACGGACAGCCAUGGGUUUCGCAAGAGCAAGGAGUACCGCGAGUGGGUCACCGGCGUGCUCGCGGACGAGCAGCCGCCUCGGGCCCCUCCGGGGGCAUACCAGGAGCCUCCCCGGUACAAGACGCCGCCGCAUCGCCAGGCGCCCGAGGCCUCGCGCGUCGUCGAGGUCGUGGGCGUCUUCGACACGGUGGGCAGCCUGGGUGUGCCGGACACGCAGAGCGACGUGCUCGACUUUGGGCUCCAGGGCAUCAGCAAGCUGUUUGGUGUGCCAAAGGUUGGAUUCCACAAUGUCUCGUUGAGUCCUUACAUCAAGCAUGCGUUCCAGGCUCUUGCCCUCGACGAGCACAGAGGGCCCUUCACGCCCACGCUAUGGCAUGUCCCUCCGGCUCCCGCCAAGGACUCUGACGAGCCACCUCGGUCGAAAAAGACCCUCGACCAGCUGCGCGAAGAGAGCCGUGCUGCUCUUGCCAGCGGCAACGAAGACGACAUCGACCGCACCUGGGAGGCCAUGAUUGACUACGAGAUGGAGAUGCAUCUCGAGGAGCUCGACUCGGAUCUGCUCCAGGUCUGGUUCCCGGGCGUGCACGUCAACAUUGGCGGCGGCAGCACCGACAUGUUGAAGGACAAGAAGGGCGACUUUGAGCAGCUCUCCACGAUAACCCUGGCAUGGAUGAUCGAACAGGCCUCGCCCUACUUGCAGUUCAACCCCAACCUCGCCCAGACCAUCGUCGAGGACCGGAUGACCCUGAUUACCCCGAUCCUCAAGACCCUCGCACACACGCGCGCCGAGGAAGCCGCCGCGCAUGAGUCCCACUGGGCCAUCACCAAGGCCUUUGAGUACAUCGCCUCGUCGACGCAUCUGUACAAGCCCUCACACUCCCACUCCGCCACAGAGCACGCCGACAUGCAGGCGCAGGCCGCCACGCUCGCGGCGGCGGCCUACCGCGCGAGCAACGGCUGGGCUACGGGUCCCAUCGUCGACAGCUUCACCGGCGUUAUGAAGAUUGCGGGAUCCGUGACCCGCACGCCAGGCCGGUACAACAAGAAGGAUUCCGCGGGCAAUGAUAUCGGGGUCACCAACGAGCAGAUCCACCCUUCCGUCAAGUACCGCUUUGACAAGAGGGACGAGUGGAGCCCCGCGCUGAAAGGGUUCCAGAGGAGAGAGACCACUGUGCAAGUGCCUGGGGGCGCCGACGGGCAGACGAGGACGGAGAAGAGGUUUGAGUGGUACAAUGCGGACGGCGUGAGGAUCCCAGAGUAUGUGAUCAAGGCCGAGGACGUAUUCACCAGGUACGUGGCGAACUUGGAUGAUACCACAGAUGAGAAGAAGCAGCAAGGAGUUCCGGGGAGCGUUAUUGCUGCGCCUGGCGACGGCGCUGCUUCCAGGUUCUUGGGCGGGAUUGAUCGUGUGCUUGGUUUGAAGACACGGGAGAGUGAACUUGUUUGA